AUGAAAUUCAAACAUUGGCAAGAUGCCAUGCAUGAUGAACUUAGUGCCUUAGAGGAAAAUAACACUUGGACUAUUACUUCACUUCCUUCGAAUAAAACUGCCAUUGGUUGUAAGUAUGUUUAUAAAGUCAAGCUUAAAUUAGAUGGCUCUCUCGAGAGACACAAGGCCAGGCUUGUUGCCAAGGGAUAUACACAAAGAGAUGGGUUUGACUUCCAAGAAACAUUCAGUCCAGUGGCUAAACUCACUACAGUCUAUGUCUUCCUUGCAUUGGCAUCUAUUCAUAACUGGUCCUUAUCUCAAAUGGAUGUCCAUAAUGCCUUUUUACAUGGGGAUCUUGAUGAGGAGAUUUAUAUGGAAAUGAGAGCAGAUUGA